AUCGGAAAAAUAUAUAAGUUGGAGAAUUGACGACACGGCCUGUCUCGUUUCUUGUCGCGGAAGAAAAGGAAAAGAGGAGAGCUGAGGGGUUGGGGCACGCUUUCUGCAAAUUCCUUAUCGGUCUCUCUUGCUCUCUCUGAGAUCUUUGCCUGUCUUGGGUCUGUUGGUAGUGAUUUUGCAUAGUCUAUUGCCAUGGCUGCACUCCAGUAUCUCGAAACCCAGCGUAACGCACAGCCAGAGCUCGCCGAUUGGUACAAUACAUUGGCAGAUUUGUAUCAGAGAAAGCUUUGGCACCAGCUUACUCUCAAACUUGAGCAGUUCGUUGCCCUAACUGUAUUUCAGGCUGGGGAUGCUCUAAUACAGUUAUAUCAUAAUUUCAUCACUGACUUCGAGACAAAGAUCAAUCUGCUUAAGCUUGCACAUUUUGCUGUCAUAGUUUCUCGGCAAUAUGCGGAGAAAGAAGCUGCCAUUGGUUAUCUUGAAGGUGUGAUUGAAAAGCUUCAUGAUACUAGGGAGUUGCGUAUAGAGGAGCCAAUUCUCUAUGUCAAGAUGCAGAUAGCUGCAUUCAAGCUUGAGCAAGGAGAUCAGAAAGAGUGCAAGAAACUCUUGGAAGGUGGGAAGACUACCCUUGAUAGCAUGACUGAUAUUGAUCCAUCAGUAUAUGCAAGCUAUUACUGGGUUUCUUCACAGUACCACAAGUCUCGUCAAGAAUUUGCAGAGUUUUACAAAAGUGCUCUUCUCUAUUUGGCAUACACAUCAGUGGAGUCAUUGUCAGAAUCAUUCAAGCUGGAUUUGGCAUUUGAUUUGUCCCUCUCCGCAUUGCUUGGAGAUAAUAUCUACAACUUUGGGGAGUUGCUAGCCCAUCCAAUUAUAAAAUGUCUAUUGGGGACAAAAGUGGAAUGGCUCUACUAUAUUCUCCAGGCAUUCAACUCUGGUGAUUUAGUUCGCUAUCAAGAACUCUGUCGUGUUCAUAAAGCUGCUCUGAGUGCUCAGCCAGCAUUAGUAGAGAAUGAGAAGAAGCUAUUGGAAAAGAUCAACAUUCUUUGCUUGAUGGAAAUAAUAUUCAGUCGUCCCUCAGAAGACCGAACUAUUCCCUUAAGUGUCAUUGCAGAGCGCACAAAACUUUCUGUAGAGGAUGUUGAGUAUCUUCUCAUGAAGAGCCUUUCUGUUCAUCUUAUUGAGGGGAUAAUCGAUCAAGUUGAGGGAACAGUUCAUGUUUCAUGGGUUCAACCAAGAGUUCUGGGGAUACUUCAGAUCAAAUCGCUGCGUGACCGCCUUGACAAUUGGUUGGAGAAAGUACACACCGCUUUAUUAUCAGUGGAGGCUGAAACACCUGACCUAGUAGCAUCUUGAUUCUAUGCUUAUUGGUCCCGCUUUUCUUUGCUCUGUAUCAAUCUGUGACACCUAAAUAACUUGAGAAAAAAAAAGGAAAAGAAUACUAGCUUGCUUAACAGAUCUUGGUACUUACUGUCGGCAUUUCCAUUUUUGCCUAAUCUUUCUUGAAUCGUUUUUUGGGAAGAGGCAAUCUUGUGCUUGUAUUUUUUUUUUCCCCCUUCAAAAUUGUUUGAAUCUAUGACAGAAAACUUGGAACACAAGGUGAAGUAGGGCAUUAAAAAAUCACUGAUUUACUGAUAGGCCGAUUCUUUAGGUUUAUGUAUCAGAAAUAUCCCGUUACUCUCAUUUG